AUGCAAAACAUCAUUGUUUUCACCGCCGUUUUGGCUACCGCCAUCGCAGCUCCACUAAACUUGGAGUACAACAUGUAUGUGCCGUUGUCAAAAUCCACCUUAACUUCAAGCAGUCAGGUUGUCGAUCAUGGAAGUACUCAUGUGUUGCAUGCACCAGUACUUGCUCACGAAGUGGAGUACCAUGUGCCUUUAGCUAAGUCCACCUUGACCAAGAGUAGCCAUGUUGUGAACCAUGGAUCGACCACUGUUGUCCACACACCAGUAUCCCACGCUGUGAUAGCCCACGCUCCAGUAUCUCACGCUGUGGUAGCUCCAGUAUCCCACGCCUUGGUAGCUCACGCUCCAGUCUACUCUGUCAGCUCUCCAGUACUCUAUAAAGCACCAGACUCAGCGAUCUCUCAUCAAAGUUCUUCUACCUACAACUCAGUACCUGUAUAUGCGUUUCAC